CUCAGCUGUUUGCAUCCAUCGCGACAUCGCGUUUCGUUUGCUUCCUUCGCGAUCUCCAUGUCGACGUAUUUUUAAAAUUUUAUCUUGUCGUUAUCGUCGAAAUAGUUAAUAGUAUCAUCACAUCAUUAUGGUGCCCAAUUGCACAGUCGAGCUUAACAAGUUAAUGAACGAGUUAGAAGUAAGCGAACUGGAGGCACCGAAAGCUAUAAGUGCACAAGCCUACAUGCGACUACUGGCUAUCUACCUUCAUCAGAAUGAUCUGUGUAACGCGAAGUACCUCUGGAAGCGAAUUCCUGCGGACAUGAAGACCGCCCACGAGGAGCUCGGACGGGUGUGGACGGUAGGGCAAUGCAUGUGGCAACGUAACUGGCCCGCGGUUCACACGGCACUAAACGUGGAGUGGAGCGAAGACAUCAAAGACGUUAUGACAGCCCUCAAAGACAAUGUUCGAGAACGGCUGAUGAGGCUGAUAUCGAAGGCGUACUCCUCCUUGAACCUGUCGACCAUGGCGACGAUGAGCGGAAUGUCGUUGGACGAGGCGCGGCAGGCCGCCAUCGACAGGGGCUGGGACGUUGACGGUACCAUAGUGCAGCCGCGCAAACAGAUCGACGAAGAACAGUACAGUCAAUCGGACAAGAUUUGCCUGACGGAGGAGCAGCUGCAGAAGCUCACGCAAUUCGUGUCCUUCUUGGAGAAUUGAGGGAACUUCGCCGUUUCACGGAUCCCCGGAUUGCCGCGCGAUCUCUGUAUGACGAACUUGCAUAUAACUCCUCUCGCAAUCUCACCUCGUAAUCCUAUUAUAUAAAGGAGGAAGUGCGCGCCAAAGGUAGCAUCAUCGGUGUUCGCGUUCGUAAAAUAAGCAUAUCCCAUGAGAGAAAGGGAGAGAGAAAGAGAGAGAGAGAGGGAGGGAAAGAGGAGAGAAAGAGAAAGAGAGAGAAGGGGGGAAAGUGACAGAGAUAGAGACAGAGAGCCUACCCACGCGAUUUGUCCAUUCGAUCGGAAGGAUAAUUCAAUGAAGCUCCUCGCAAGCGUGGAAUCAACAACUAUAUUAAUCGAUAAUCAGCUGUGCGUGCGAGAGGGCGGACUGGCAUUUGCGGAAAGGGAUCCUCCGGCAGGAGCGCGCCUCUCCUCUCCUCUCCGUUCCGCCGUCCUCCGUCGCUCCUCUCCUGCCCGAUGUCGGAUCCCAUGAAAAUAUACUGCCGUUCGCGACCGUUCGCAUCGCUGUAAUUAUCAAAGCGGAUCGUGGCCGCAGUAAGAAUCGCGCAGGUAGCCAUUAACGUACCUCGCGGCCGACGACAACGUAUCUCUCUCUCCAACGCGGACGACGCGCGCGGCGUGUGAACGUUUAUCACGCGUGGACUCUUCGUAGCAUAUUUUCGAGUUGAUUAAAAGAAUAAAAAGAAAACGAAAGAAGAAAAAGAACUGGAACUAUUUCGAGCGGCGUGCUCUGCUGAAUUUUGAUAAAGUGUAUUAUAGCAGCAAGUGAGUGUUUGUAUUUGUUUCUUUUCCCCGUUUACCGACUGUACCAUUAUCCUCACGCAGCAUUCCCUCCCCUGACAUUAUUACAUGCGCGCUUCCGAGAGCCGCUUACAUACCGAAGUAUACUUUGUAGAUAUUAUGGAUUUGCGAUCGGUGGCUGUUUUCUAUUAUUUCUGAAGGAGUAAGUUAAUGAUUAUGAUGAUGCUGCAUUAUAAUUGUUUAAAAGCAAGAAAACAUUCACUCGAUAGUUAUAAUCGUUCACGAAUUGUAAUACGUUGAUAAUAAAAAUCUAAUCGAUAUGGAUCUGUAGAAACGACUGUCUUUAAUUUCAGUUUAUUUAUUCUUAGUUUUUCGUUAGAUUUAGAAUUCUAAAGGAAGGUUUAAUAAAACUAAAAUUGAAUUGGUAAUAUCAGUUUAUUUAUUCUUGAUUUUUUGAUUUAGAAUUCUAAAGGAAGGUUUAGUAGAACUAAAAUUGAAUUGUCAAUUUUGAAAAGGUGUUAUCGCGUGUAGAAAUUUAUUAAGAAU